GAGAGCGACGUGGAGUGGGGAGGGCGGGACCUCCCGAAGCGGGGGCGGAAGAGUUGCGAGGAGGCGGAGCCUCGCGGAAGGCCGGGAGCCGGAUUGGCGGAGGGGUAGGCGGGGGCGUGGCUACGCAUGCGUCCUGACUGACUGCGUCACUUCCGGGUGGUAGCGGCGGUGGCUUCCGCCUCCCGCUGGGCCUGGAGCGGCCGCGUCGGGACGGCGCGGAGCGCCGGGACCCCCCGGACCCCACCCCCGAGACCCGCUGCUUCUCCCCGCGGCGCUCGGUGCGGCCCAGGCAGCUCUUCCCGCCCCCGCCGCAGCCGGGGGGGCCCGGCGGGGCCUGGCGGCGGGGGCGCGGCGGGGCCUGUCCCUGGGGCAUGCGGAGGCGGCGGCGGCCGGGCCGGCCCGCACUAUGUGGUACAUCAUGCAGAGCAUCCAGAGCAAAUACUCGCUGUCGGAGCGGCUCAUCCGCACCAUCGCCGCCAUCCGCUCCUUCCCGCGGGACAACGUGGAGGAUCUCAUCGGCAGGGGUGCGGAUGUGAACUGCAUGCACGGCACCCUGAAACCGCUGCACUGCGCCUGCAUGGUGGCUGACGCCGACUGCGUCGAGCUGCUGCUGCAGAAGGGAGCGGAGGUCAAUGCCCUGGACGGCUACAACCGAACAGCCCUUCACUACGCGGCGGAAAAGGACGAAACCUGCGUGGAAAUCCUCCUGGAAUAUGGGGCCAACCCCAACGCGCUGGACGGCAACAAGGACACCCCGCUCCACUGGGCCGCCUUCAAGAACAACGCCGAGUGCGUGCGGUCGCUGCUGGAGAACGGCGCCCUGGUGAACGCCCGCGAUUACAACAACGACACGCCGCUCAGCUGGGCCGCCAUGAAGGGGAACCUGGAGAGCGUCAGCAUCCUGCUCGACUUCGGGGCCGAGGUCCGGGUGGUUAAUUUGAAAGGUCAAACCCCCAUCUCGCGGCUGGUGGCGUUGCUGGUGCGGGGAUUGGGUACGGAGCGCGAAGAUUCCUGCUUCGAUCUUCUCCAUCGAGCUAUCGGACAUUUUGAGCUGAGAAAAAACGGCAGCAUGCCCUGGGAGGUGACCAGGGAUCAGCAGCUCUGCGAAAAGCUCACCCGGCUCUGCUCGGCCCCCGGUACCUUACAGACGCUCUCCCGUUACGCCGUACGCCGCAGCCUGGGCGUGCGGUUCCUCCCGGAGGCGGUGAAGGAGCUGCCGCUGCCCACCUGCCUGAAGGAGUAUGUGUUGCUCCUUAGCUAAGCGAAAGAGGAGGCGCCGGGGCUCUUCCUCGCCAGCCUUCGGCUCCUUUGUCACUGCUUCCUCCUGGCAGCGCCGGGGAUGAGGUUCGCCGCUGGGUUUGGAACUUCCAGGUGCCACAUUCCCCUCCCCGGUUGCUGUCCUGGUUUUCUUUUCCUCCUGCUCUGCUUUUCCGCCUGAGCCGGCGCGGGGCAGCGGGGAUCUCCCGGUGCCCGCUCACAGACGGCCCCGUGGUGUCUCCCUGCCCACAGCGCCUGCUCGGCGGCUCCUCACACGCGCUUUCCCCUCAAAUUCGGCCUCAUCAGAUGAACAAUCCCCCUUUAACGGCAAAUUAUAUCCCAGCUGUUGGAUUAA